GGGGCCGUGCCCCGCUCCGAGUGCGGUGCCGGGGAAGCCGGGUCCCCAGGCGCGGGCAGUGAGGGGGCGGGAUGCUCGCCGGGGUUUCCUUGGUCACUUUCGACGGAGGUGGCGGCGUUGGUGGCGAGCGCUUUCGGGAGCUCCCGCCCUCGCCUUACCUGCGGUCCGUGCGAUGAGCAGCUGGCUGAAGGCUCUAGAGCGGCACAAAGCCCUGAAGAUCUGAGGAACUCAUUUCAUCAUGAUUUCUUUUGAAGAAGCUGACACUGAAGAAACAGUAACAUGUCUCCACAUGACCUUUUACCACCCUUGCCAAAAUGACCAGAUGUUUAGUUGCUUGAAUUUCUGUAGGCGAGAACAAGUCAGGGCAGAUGAAGUGGCCAAGUUUGGCCGUGAUUCUAAUGUCUGCCAUUACAACUUAAUGGAUACUCGUGUUUCUCGGAUUCAGUUUUCAUUGCAGUUCUACAGGAAACUGAACAGCUCAGAAUGUUGUUUUGAGAUAAAGAACAUGAGCAAGAAAACAAAACUGAUGGUGGACCAAACAGAACUGGGUUAUUUAAACAAAACUGACUUGCCAUGGAAGUGUAUCAUUUUGUUUGGGGACUACCAGAUUUUAGCGGAGACUGAAGAAGGGGUGUCCAUGGAUUAUUUUGAGACUUACUUCCACUUGUCUGAAGUGCCGAUCUUACAGGAAAGAUGCCUACCAUCACAUCAACCCGUACCUGAGACUGGCAUUUCCUCUCCCUUGUUUCCUUCCCAAGGCAAAAACCCCACAGAGAUUGAUGAAAAUGAGCCAUGGCAUACGGGCGAAGGAGGCUGGAGCAGAUUUUGACCAUCUGGAACCUGCAUAACUUCAGAAAUUGACGGCUGUCAUCUCAGUCCACUGUCCUUGGCUGUUCUCACUGCUGUACAUCAGUCGUCUUACCGUUUUCAGUACAGUCAUACCAGAGCAUACUUCGUUCAACAGAAACCGAUUCCUGCCACUGUUUUUACCAGGGCAAACGUGCUCUCUGGUCACCACUGUUUGCCAGAUAAACGUGAAGAAGACAUAGAGGGCCACCCAAAUCCAUUGUAGCAGAAUCAAUUCAAGAAUUGUGAUCACAUGCCUUGAAGGUAUAUUUAAUGGGCAGUAGAGACGUAAUGUCUCGCUCCAUGUUAUAUUUUGUGCUUCACUUUUGACAUUAAGUUCCAAACAGUACUUUCAAGCCUAGGUUGUAACUUCCCAGCUUUUGCAGCUUAGAAACACUUUGUCAGCAUAGUCCUUUAAAGUUAAUGCUUUUCUUAACUUUGCAGUGAGAUUCUUUCCUCUAUUUUUAAAAUUAAUUAAAAUAUGUAUUUUUUCCAAGUUAGCUACUUUUGCUUGUGAAUGUAAAUAAACAUGCAACAUCAGUGAUCAUGUUAUGUAAAAAUACAAAUAAAUUUUGUAAUAAAAGCAUCUGGUUGCUCAGUAAGGAUUUGUUGCCUUCUAAAACUACAGUCUAAAAGCACUUACGUGAAUAAAAUUAUUUCUGAGACAAUCCAGACAA